UAAAUAAGUAGAGGCUCUAUGAAGAGAAGCACAAGCCAAACCCUCCAAACUACAAUAAAAUAUAAUACUUGUUGUUCUUUGUAGCAUUCAAGCCCCCACCAAAUUCGCUGAGAUGGCAAGCUCCGAGUAUCAGCAGGUGAGUUACAACAAAAAGAUGCUCUUAAACUACGUUCCUGUAUAUGUGAUGCUGCCGUUGGGAGUUGUUUCUCCUAAGAACUCAUUCAAAGACGAGGAAGGCACAAGGAGUCAACUAGAAAAGCUUAAAGUAGCUGGUGUGGAUGGAAUAAUGGUGGAUGUUUGGUGGGGAACAAUAGAAGCCAAAGGACCAAAGCAGUAUGAUUGGACAGCCUAUCGACGCUUGUUCAAGGUUGUUGAAGAAUAUGAUCUUAAAAUCCAAGCCAUUAUGUCAUUCCACCAAUGUGGAGGUAAUGUCGGAGAUGUUGUAAACAUCCCAAUCCCUCAAUGGGUUUUGGAGAUUGGUAAAACCAACCCUGAUAUAUUUUACACCAAUCGGAGUGGUACUCGUAACCCAGAGUACCUCUCCAUUGGUGUUGAUAACGAACCUCUCUUCCAUGGUCGAACUGCUAUUCAGAUGUACAGUGAUUUCAUGAAGAGUUUCAGAGAAAAUAUGGCGGAUUUAUUAGAAGCAGGAGUAAUUGUGGACAUUGAAGUAGGUAUGGGUCCUGCGGGAGAACUACGAUACCCUUCUUAUCCACAAAAUCAGGGAUGGGAGUUUCCUGGCAUUGGAGAAUUUCAGUGCUAUGACAAAUAUUUGGAAGCAGAUUUCAAGAAAGCCGCUAAAGAAGCGGGGCACCCUGAAUGGGAGCUGCCUUCUAAUGCUGGUACAUACAAUGACACACCUGAAGAAACGGGAUUCUUCAAAAGAAAUGGAACUUACAAAACUGAAGAAGGGAUGUUUUUCUUAACUUGGUACUCCACUAAGUUAAUAAUCCAUGGUGAUCAGAUCCUAGAAGAAGCCAACAAAGCCUUUCGAGGUUGUUCACUUAAGUUAGCAAUUAAGGUUUCAGGAAUUCAUUGGUGGUAUAAUUAUCACUGUCAUGCUGCUGAAAUGACUGCUGGAUACUAUAACUAUUUCAGUAGAGAUGGUUAUCGUCCUAUUGCUAAAAUGCUAACUAGGCAUAAUGCUAUUUUGAACUUCACAUGUCUUGAGAUGAGAGAUUCUGAACAACCUGCUCAAGCUUAUAGCGGUCCACAGGCUCUUGUUCGACAGGUUUUAAGUGAUGGUUGGAAAGAGGGUAUCAAAGUUGCAGGUGAAAAUGCACUCCCAAGAUAUGACAGCAAUGCAUACAAUCAAAUCCUGUUGAAUGCUCGUCCUCAAGGGGUCAAUAAAAAAGGAGCACCCGAAUUAAAGAUGUUCGGAUUUACUUAUCUUCGGAUUUCUGAUGAUUUGCUGGAGAAAAAGAACUUCAAACUGUUCAAGACUUUUGUCAAGAGAAUGCACGCUAACCAAGCAUAUUGUGCAUACCCGGAAUUGUAUGGAAAUUCCAUAGCUCCAUUAGGACCACCAAAGGCAAAGAUUCCCAUUGAUGAUCUUAUUGAUGCAGCCAAUGGGCCAUCACAGCCAUAUCAAUGGGAUAAGAAGACAGACAUGAGUGUUGAUGGCUCACUUUCUGCUGUUUUAAGCAAGCUAAAAAGGUUUAUGAAUUGCAUAUUCAAUUAAGUUAAACUCAUCAGCUAAUCAAGCAUUUGGUAAACCAUGUACUGUAAUCUGUAUGUGUUAUCUAUAUUUAAAAUAAGGUCACUUCUAGUCCUCAUAUGCUUUUUGGUAAAUAAAACGGAUGUAUUGAAGAGUGGUAUUGUAACUUGUAAGCUCUAUUUUCAUGUAUUUAAUGCGUGUUUAUACAAGUUUAAUUAGUACCCACUUUUUCAAAAA